AAGGCUGUUUCACAGUGAAAAUAUGCUCAGUGCAGCCGAGUGCAUGAAUGAAAAAGCCUCUGGUACGUUCUAGUCUGGCAAAAUGCAGCACAAAACUCAACUUACUCUGUCCUUUCUGCUGUCCCAGGUUCUGUUGCUUGCGUGUGCAGAAGAUUUAGAAUGCACCCCUGGAUUCCAGCAGAAGGUUUUUUAUAUUGAACAGCGAUUUAAAUUCACAGAGGACCAGCCAAUUCUGAACCUGGUGUUUGAUGACUGCAAGGGGAAUAACAAAUUGAACUUCGAAGUUUCUAACCCAGACUUUAAGGUGGAACACGACGGGUCUUUAGUUGCACUGAAGAAUGUAUCAGAAGCUGGCAGAGCUUUGUUUGUCCACGCACGAUCUGAGCAUGCUGAGGAUAUGGCAGAAAUUUUGAUUGUUGGAGCUAAUGAGAAGCACGGUGCAUUAAAGGAAAUCUUUAAGAUAGAAGGCAACCUUGGAAUUCCAAGACAAAAAAGGGCUAUUCUGGCAACUCCAAUAUUAAUUCCAGAAAAUCAAAGACCACCAUUUCCCAGAUUAGUUGGCAAGGUCAUCAACAGUGAAGGGACAGAGGGAGCAAAGUUCCGACUCUCUGGUAAGGGAGUAGAUCAAGACCCAAAAGGAAUUUUUAGAAUCAAUGAGAUCAGUGGGGAUGUCUCUGUGACCCGACCCCUGGAUAGAGAAGCAAUAGCCAAUUAUGAGCUGGAAGUUGAAGUAACGGAUUUAAGUGGGAAAAUCAUCGAUGGCCCAGUCAGCCUGGAUAUUUCUGUUAUUGAUCAAAAUGAUAACAGGCCCAUGUUCAAAGAAGGACCCUAUAUUGGUCACGUCAUGGAGGGAUCCCCUACAGGAACAACUGUGAUGCGGAUGACAGCAUUUGAUGCUGAUGAUGCUAGCACAGACAACGCUCUUCUGCGGUAUAACAUCCUCAAACAGACACCUACCAAACCUUCCCCAAAUAUGUUCUAUAUUGACCCAGAAAAGGGAGAUAUUGUCACAGUGGUGUCACCUGUACUGCUGGAUCGCGAGACAAUGGAAACGCCGAAGUACGAGCUGGUUAUUGAAGCCAAGGAUAUGGGUGGCCACGAUGUGGGACUUACUGGAACUGCAACUGCCACUAUUCUUAUUGACGACAAAAAUGACCACCCACCAGAAUUUACCAAGAAGGAGUUUCAGGCCACAGUAAAGGAAGGAGUCACAGGUGUAAUAGUUAACUUAACUGUUGGUGACCGAGAUGACCCAGCAACUGGAGCAUGGAGAGCUGUCUACACUAUUAUUAAUGGAAAUCCAGGACAGAGUUUUGAAAUCCAUACCAAUCCCCAGACUAAUGAGGGAAUGCUCUCUGUUGUCAAACCUUUAGACUAUGAGAUUUCAGCCUUUCACACGUUGCUGAUAAAAGUAGAAAAUGAAGACCCACUGAUUCCAGACAUAGCCUACGGCCCCAGUUCCACAGCAACAGUUCAGAUCACUGUUGAGGAUGUGAAUGAAGGCCCUGUUUUCCACCCAAACCCGAUGACAGUGACAAAACAAGAGAACAUCCCUAUUGGCAGCAUUGUGUUAACAGUAAAUGCCACUGAUCCAGAUACUUUGCAGCAUCAGACUAUCAGGUAUUCGGUUUACAAGGAUCCAGCAAGCUGGCUAGAGAUCAAUCCCACCAAUGGUACCGUUGCCACCACUGCUAUCCUGGAUCGGGAAUCUCCUUAUGUUCAGGAUAACAAAUACACUGCUCUCUUCUUGGCAAUAGACAGUGGUAACCCUCCUGCUACAGGUACAGGAACUUUACACAUCACCUUGGAGGACGUCAAUGACAAUGUCCCAUCCCUUUACCCAACACUGGCAAAAGUCUGUGAUGACGCUAAAGAUCUCAGAGUAGUGGUACUAGGAGCAUCAGACAAAGAUCUCCAUCCCAACACAGAUCCAUUUAAAUUUGAACUGAGUAAGCAAUCUGGCCCAGAAAAGUUGUGGAGAAUCACAAAGCUUAACAAUACUCAUGCCCAGGUUGUCCUGCUUCAAAACCUGAAAAAGGCCAAUUACAACAUCCCAAUCUCAGUGACAGAUUCUGGAAAACCACCUCUGACUAACAACACAGAACUGAAAUUACAAGUGUGUUCCUGCAAGAAAUCCAGAAUGGACUGCAGCGCAAGUGAUGCCCUUCAUAUCAGCAUGACUCUUAUCCUUCUUUCACUCUUCAGUUUAUUUUGUCUGUAAGAACUCCUGACAUUUGAAGCUGUCCUACCGAGUUGCCAUGGCAACGAGAAAAAAGAAAACGUCAGAUCUGAAGACUGCAGUUUACAGUUACUGUUCUUCACUACUAGGCCUCAGUUGCUCCAGAUUCAGUUUAAUUUGCAACCUCACUUAAUCUGUCCGACUAUACAUUGGUGUUUGACAGCCUCUGCCCUAACUUCCAUUUAUUAAUGGAUUCCUCUUGCAAGAUGCAAGGUUUAUGCGAAUUUUCACUGAAUGUUAAAAGACCAUGACAUCUAAACUUGACCUUUGGGGAGGAGAAAACAGAUUGACUCCAUUUUUUUCUAACUGUUGACUUGUUGCUAUUCAACUGUUCAGAAAAUAUUUUGUCUGUGGGUUAGUAUUUGUAUAUGUAUGAGUGUAUGUAUAUAUAUAUAUAUUUAUAUGGAGAGAAGAGUUAUAGGACUGGUUUAGCUUUUAUAAAAUAUUCAUCUGGAACGUGCAACUGACAAAGCAGAGUAAUACAGCCACAGAUGAAUCAUAACUAUUCGACAUGGCUAAACCUACUGUACUUGCUUGUUUAUAGUGUGGCCAGAAGGAGAGCCUAUUGCAGUCAUACCACUGAAAAAAGCCACUUUGUUGACACCAAAUAAGGCAGGCCCAGGGCUCUGCAGCAUCGCUUCUUGUACCUCAGGUUCAGCAAACAGGAAAUGCAAGUCCCCCUGGCUUGCUUCUGAUCCAAACUUCUCACCUUAUGCCCCAAAACUGAAUUUAAGACUCAGCAGGAGCACAGCUCUUCAUCUCAGUGCCGGGAGGGAACGCGAGCUCAGAUUUGUGAGGCAAGGGGAAGCACUCAGUGCAACCGGCACCAUAUGGCCACCACCUACAGCAAUGGGACAUGCUGGGCUGAUUUUAAAGGGGCUAAAGUCAGUUUCCUCUAUGCUCUUGCAGAUAAUUAUUUGCUGGGGCAAUUCGGAAAAUUUAAGUCCUUUGUCAGUUCUGCAGACAAAGUAAGUAUUGUCUGCAUAUGAGAAGCUGAUUAUAACAACAAAAUCAAGGUGCUUCUCAGAAGCACUGGCCCCUCUCUCAGCCUCUGCACAGCUGUCAUUACACGUAUCAGUGCAAGGAGGAAAACAGAUGCCCUAUUAUCUAAGUGUAUUCACACAUAUCUACAGUUUUGAAUAUAUAUAUACAUACAUACACGUGUACACACAGUUUCCAGUUAAGAGUAACAAGAGCAUUUCUUUGUGUGUGUAAACUUACCACACUUGUUUGCAGACAUGGGGAAAAAAAGGGUGUUCGUUACAUAUGACUAUGAAUCCUUUUUUAUUCUGUGAGCAUGUAAGGUUUAAAAAAGAAAAAAGAAAAAAACUUAACUGUAUCAAGAUGAUCAUCUUGUUAAUAAAUUGUAAAUGAUCCAUCAAAGCUCACACCAAAUUUUUAUAAAAUUAACACAAAAAAAGUAUACUAGUGACAGACUGUGGCUUUUAUUAGAGCUUGCCAGUAACUAGGGUAAGGUAAGUGUCUUAGAAUAUUUUAAUAAACUUGCUUAUUUAAAGUUUAAACAAGAAAGCUUCCUUAUGCAAUAGUACUUUGCAGCUGCAUUCUUUAGUUAGCAUUUUUACAGUACCUAUGAGUCAUACUGUAUGUUGUCUUUACUACAGUGAAAUUAUGAGCAUAUCUUCCACACCACCUAUCUGUUUCAAUAGUAAAGUUUUUUGGAAGCAUUAAAAAGUCCAAACAUACAUUGAGUUUUCCAUAACGCUACACUAGAUAUUAAAUGUGUGUUGGUGGUUAAAAAUUGCUGUACAAUAGCUUUUCUCUGACUUCCUGUAUUGUACCAAAUAUGACAACCGUUUUUUGUUUUCUUUUGUUUUUUUAAUCAAAAGUAAUAACAACGGCAACAGAGGGAAAAAACCAGUUUGUGUUGUGAACUUCCCUAGCGCUGUAAAUUUCCUGGUAAGAUACAAGCUGCCUUCACGCAGGAACCAAUUCUCUCUUUCAGUGACUCCUGCAGUCCUGCCCAAGUGGAAUCUCCCACUGACCUGGCUUCUCUAGCAGCAGCUCUGCAUGUUUCACUUAGCAAAGCAAUGCUGUAAGGUGAGUGGGAGUUUCUGUGGAGCAAGGGCUCCAGGAGCAGGCACAGCGAGAAGUGCCUGAUCUCAGACAUGAACAUGGGCAUGCUUCUAGUUUGCUUUCGUUGCCCAGACCUCAUAGUAACCACGGGCUGCUGCUUUGUCAUCAGCAAUCACGGCUUUUUAGAAAUAAAACUUUUAUGCAAAGUUUUCAAAAGGAAAAACCAACGAAUGCAUAACACCACUGGAUUUUCAGGAUACAUGUUUAAUGAAUGAAUCCAAAUGAACCCAAAGAUGAAGUGCACCCUCUGCUUUAAUCUACAAAACCUCUAUCUUGAAUAAAAGAGAUUAUGAUAUUCUCCCCCUGCAAAUGCUCUUUUUCUACUUGCUUUCUUCCUCUCCCUUUCCAGCAAAACCCACCUCUGGAAAGAUACCCAUUGACGUUAGUGUCAUCCCUAUCAAGUACCAGAUAAAGAUACCCUUUUCUAAUUUAAACCAAGGUUCACACAGCAUUUGGUGAAUCAUUCCAAGGGCAUCCAAAACCAACAACAAAGAAAAAUUUCUUCUGCCUGGAACUGCACUAACAAUGGGAAGACUUUUACUACCAAUCUGUGCCCGAGGACAAGAGAUCUUUCUUCUCGGAUAAUACUGCAACCUUUUGACAUGUAGAAAAGUCAGUACAAUGGCUGAAGCUCUGAAUCGAGAUGCAUCAAAGCCUUCAUUCACCAGUACCACUAUUUCUCCAGACAAACUAAAGCCUCCCAGCCUUUACAGUGCAUCUCUAGGCUUCUGACUGAGCUAAUCACUGGACUACCCAAGCACACAAAGAGAAGAUGAAGCUGCCAUAUUAAUGUUUCCUCUGAGAAACCUGAAACCUGUACCUGAGAACCAACCCUUUUUAACAAGCAAUUGGGUCACUUUCUGUGGCAAUAUACAAAUGAGGAACCACAUUAGAAUUUGAGUUUUCUUACCCAAAAAAGAUCGUGGGGUCAGGCUUAAAAAAUGAUUCUCAUUUCCUGUAACAAAAGAGAAAAGAUGAUGUAUUACUUCCUCACAACAUUAUGAAAGAAACACAGAAGUUACAAAAUUAGUUUGUUUUUUUUUUUAAUUUGUUUUGUUUAGCACUCAUUCAGCCAAGCUUGCUGGGUUUGUAAUACAGGACUUAUUCCUACCUUACCUGCUUGGUCACUACAACUUUUAUUGCAGUUUUUGUAUGUUUGCAGACUUACGGUGCUGUCUGGAGUCAGAAAGGCAGUGAACUUGAUUUUCCUUUUGAAACACGCAUAAAACGUCUUGUGCAGAAGUCAUUUCACUUACAAAAGUAUCUGCUGUCAAAACACGAAUUGGGUAUAACGUUAAUCAGUAAGAGUAUAUUAGCAAGGUAAAGGUCUCCUCUGUGGUACACUUGCUAACUGAACUCUGUACACCUCAUGCGUGUGCUUGCAAUAUGCCUACGUGCAUUUAUGAAUGUACAUUUUGUUCAGUAACUGCAGGACUGAAGAUUAAAUCAAAGGGAAAUCAGCUGAAUUUCCCACUGGUUAGCAAGGCAAAUUAGCUGUGAGUGGAACACUGACUAUUAAACUUUCUGAGCCCUGUUCUCAUCCCACUUAACACUGGUGUAAAUCAAAGAGCAAACUCUGUUACUAGACUUGUUUGAGCAUCAGUUAGUGAUACUUAAACAAAAAUGUUCAUUUAGACUUCCCCACACAGUGGUUUCACUGAUGUGCUGCAAACAGUAAAGCAGCAAUAUUUAUCACAGUAGCGUUGACUGCUUAUAUAUAAUUGAAUGUUUGUCUUUUGUGACAUACCAAGAAGCCUACAGCCCAGAUGCUUCCCACAGAGCACUUGCUUCCUUCACUGAUGACUUUAAUGGGUCCCCAGGGAACCCAACCCAAUUUGGUUUAACCUCUAUUUGAAACGGCUGCGGCCAGUAGUCAAAUAAUUUGUCCCAGUCUCUCAUGUAGUCAUUUAAGUUAGGGAUCCCUGCAAUACAAACCUCAUUUAUUAAAUUAUGGGCUUCAAAUUAGAUCAUAGGGACCUAGCUUAAGUGCUCACUGUAACAGAGUGAGCAUUUGGAGUUAUAGUAACGACUCUUACAUCGUUGGUCUUUCCUUUGUGAGGCUUCUUGUUGAGACACUGAAAGAACUGCCACUCUUUGUCUCAGCUGCUUCCAGUACACAGAAUUUUGUACACAAGUUAAUUUUUCGUCACUAGUUAUCUAAAGGCCAAGUUUCUUUUUGAAUGGAUUUAAUAAUGACUCAUUUAAUUAAAAUAAAAACCACAAGAUAAAUGAUAUUAAACAGUCACAUCAUCUUGAGAACACCAAGUCUAGGACAAAACUCUGAUCCUAUCUUUCCUUUAAUACAUCUUCAGAGACUCAAUUGUCUGAGAGAUGCACUGUCCAAUGGUGUCAAAAAGAUAAAUAACUAAAAUAAUAAUAUUUUUUUUUUAAAUCAAUUCUAUGACCUACAAUAUUUAGGGUUAACAUGCAAAGUAUUUCAGCAGUAGUUGUAACAGCUAUUCUAUUUAAAGCAGGUAUAGCUGACUGUUUUACUUUGUCAAGCAUACAACCAUUGACCAUACUGUUUUCACAUCAGGAUAUGCUAGUUGGUUUGUAUUUGUCCAAAUGGAACGGAUAUACUCAUCCACUCUUGGUGGAAAGUUAUUAGUUGCACAAUUGCUAUGUGUGUGUAUAUAUGUAGAUAUAUAGAGAUAUACACAUACAUAUAUAAAUAUAUAUAUAUAAUAUAUGCAGAUGGAGACUAAUACAACAUGGGGACUUGAAAUAAGCAGUUUAAUCCCAUGAAUCAUGGAUGAACACAAGUUAAGGAACAGCUUGGGUGAUAUAUGCUAAACCAGUUUGAUUUUUAAAAGGAAAAAAAAAGAAGGAAAAAAAAUAACCCACAACCAAAAAAACCCCACACUGAAAUCCAGGCUUAUUCCAACUCUCAUGUUGUACUUAUGCUAACCUUUAGUUGUCCUCGCUUAAUAAAAUUUAUAUCAUUUGAAGAUAUUUAUAAUUGUUUACGGACUCAUUUUUAGUUGUCUGUAUAAGCUGGUCAUCAGUAGUGAAAAUGGGAGGGAUUAUAGCCAGAAUAACUGCAUCACUCUGUUUUCAAUAGGACAGCUAUUCAGGAAAGUUCCAUUCAACAUUUGAACACUGUACUCCUUCUCUGCAUCAACAAGUGACUGUAUUUGAUGAUUUGGGGCUGAAAUGAAUGUAAAAACAGACGUGUAUGUACAUGCAUGCACAUCCUGUUCAGGACUGUAGAAUGAGAGCAUGUCUGGUGAACUCUGAUGGUGAAUUCAGUACAAACAAGCUGUGUUGUUACUGCCAUUUCAGACAGAAAUCAUAACAAUCUGCCCCAUAACAAUCUCUAACUUAUCACCAAGAAAUUUUUUAUGUUUUUUUUUAAAGCUCGAGCAAGGAGAAAAAUAUUUUUGUUUGAUUUUCAAAGAUACUUAUUUCAGCUACUUUUCCAGUUUUUUCUUUGGGCCCUAGUUGCUGAAUUGCUUGCUGUUUCUGAGGUGUAAAUAAACAUUUUGAUUUAUGACGUGGUUGCAAAGAAACUUGUAAUUUAUUUGUGAAAUGCUCAAAUAAAGGAUGUAUGGGCUUUUA